GACACCUGAUAAAUUAGACAACAAUGGGCGUUUCCAAACACUGUUGGGCUUGAAGAGCAAGUUGGCUAAGUCUCCUGUGGCUUAUCGACGCCAGCACAUCACCUUCAUCAGACCCAAGAGCAACAAACCCUCGACCCGAAGGAGCACAGAGCGGGACAGUCAACAUGAGCAGAUGUCUGAUUAGCAAGGUGGAAGUACAAGGCUUCAUCGAGAGGUGUAUGAUAGCUGUGGGCACCAAGCCGAAUCAUGCCUGCAGCCUGGCGGAGGUGCUUGUGGAGGGAGAUCACAGGGGCCAUUACAGCCAUGGACUCAACAGGAUGGACAUGUAUGUAAAGGACAUCCAGUCAGGAAUCUGUGCCAAGGACGGUGAGCCGGAGGUGGAGAAGGAGAGUGCAGCCACAGCGCUGGUGGAUGGCAAGAACCUCCUGGGUCCUGUAGUGGGAAACUUUUGCAUGAAUCUGGCCAUUAAGAAGGCCAAAGAAGUUGGCAUUGGCUGGGUGGUGGCACACGGCUCCAACCAUUAUGGUAUUGCUGGAUACUACGCAUUGCAAGCUCUGAAGGAGAACAUGAUUGGAAUGUCAUUUACCAACACAUCCCCACUGGUGGUUCCCACACGGGGUAAAGAGUGCACUUUGGGCACCAACCCCAUCAGUGUGGCAGCUCCUGCUAAAGAUGGAGACAGCUUUGUUAUGGACAUGGCCACAUCAGCAGUAGCACUUGGAAAGGUGGAGCUCCAUUACCGGCGUGGAGACCCCAUCCCUGAGGGCUGGGGCUGUGAUGCAGAGGGCAAACUUACCACUGACCCUGAGAAAGUUCUGAAUGGAGGACUGGUGCCCAUUGGCGGCAAUGAAGCCACAGGAGGGUACAAAGGCUAUGGUCUGGGAAUGAUGGUGGAAGUGUUCUGUGGUAUCUUGGCCGGUUCCAUGUACAGCAAGCAUAUCCGCACGUGGAAAGUAACAGACCGCGUGGCCAACCUGGGUCAGUGUUUCGUGGCGAUCAACCCAGAGAACUUUGCUCCCGGGUUCAAUGACAGGAUGUCAGACCUGCUGUCUAUCCACAGAGGGCUGGACCCUGCUGACCCUGACAUUCCUGUUUUGGCGCCUGGAGAUCCAGAAAGGAUGAACAUGAAGAAGUGUGAGGAGAUGGGCGGGAUCCCCUACCACAUCAAUGUUGUCAACCACAUGAACGAAUGUGCUAAGAAAAUUGGUGUCAGCCCGCUGCUGCCAUGUGACAAUCUCAUCUCCAAUUAGACGGCCCAGUCAAGAUUGUCAACACCAGAAAUCCCAUUGAGCAAUUUUCACAAUGCAGCUCUGUUUACGCACAUUAUACAUGUUGAAAAUCGUAUUCUUUACUUGUCUUGUAUUUAAUCCUUUUAAACUUGAUAAAUGUUUUAAUUAAAAUACAUUUUUAUAAGCAUAACAUUUGUGACAUAAAAAGGAAAAUAUCAAAACAUUUAAAUUUUUUAAGGGGUCCUUAAAACAUGUUUUUAAUUCUAUUUUUGUCAGGAUACCCAUUGUAAACUUACACGUCUUCAAGAUGCUGUAUCUGUGACAGCGAAAUACGCACAUUCUUUAAACCUGUUCUGUAGCAUUAUGUUUGGAUGUGUGAAUGAGUUCAAGUUUGAAUGGUGCUGUUGAAAGGUGAGCUAAAGUUACUGUAGUUGUUGUCAAUAACUGGACAGCCGGUUAAUUCUGGUACUAAGCCAUUUUACUUUGAGCAAUAAUGCAGCACAGUUUUGUAACUGUAGACCUACAAUAAUUGAGAAAUGUCAAGUUCAAAUCUAAUCUAAUUUAAUUUUUACUCUUAAGUCAAUAUAAGAACACCAUUCUCGUGUACCUUAUUCAA